AUGAGGCCGAGACCUCGCAUCCGCCUUCUGCAGCCCUUCGUUUGUACCAAUUGUCGAGGCAAAGGACAGGGUCUUCUCCGACGCCAAUUGCGAAACUUCGCAACCUCCCCUUCAACACGCGCAGCACCAUCGGGCGAACUGAAAUAUCUCCAACUUACAAAUCGUACAAUCAUCCGCCUCGCCGGCCCAGACGCCGCGAACUUUCUCUUCAAUCUUGUCCCUGCGAAGAUCCUGGGCGCUGACAGCCCAAGGCCCAUUUACACGGCAUUUCUCUCAGCCCAGGGCCGCAUUCUGAACGAUGUCUUCAUAUACCCGCCGACAGACACCAACGGAGAGGAGUGGUUCUUGGAGGUGGACUCGGACAGUGCAAGUGACUUGCUGAAACAUUUACGCAAGCACAAACUGCGGGCCAAGUUCCAGCUAGAAAAGGUCGACCCGGGAAAAGUGGGAGUAUACUAUAACUGGCCUUCCGCCACAGAUCCACCGCGGACACGGGGUGGACAGGAUCCCAGGCCAGGUAUGGGUCUGCGAUGGCUUGACGAUACCGCUGCGAAACCGGAGGCAAUACAGAGGCUCGAGGACAAGGGGGGAAAGGAGGUUAAUCUGCAUGAUUAUACCGUUCAUCGUAUACUGAAUGGGGUUGCGGAGGGACAGACCGAGUUGCCCGCGGCCGGUUCUCUACCCCAGGAAAGUAACAUCGAUUUUUUUGGUGGCAUUGAUUUCCUGAAAGGGUGCUAUCUUGGCCAGGAGCUGACGAUCCGGACCCAUCACACCGGCGUGGUACGGAAACGCAUCCUUCCAUGCCAGCUCUACGACGGCGACCAGCCACCAAGUGACCAACCGUUGCCGGAGUACAAGCCUGAUACGCAUCUACCCAUGCCGCCAUCUCAGUCCAACAUUUCCAAACUGAAUGCUCGUGGUCGAGGACGAAGUAGCGGGAAAUGGCUCUCGGGGGUGGGAAAUAUAGGACUUGCAUUGUGCAGACUCGAGAUGAUGACAGACAUUCAGUUAACGGCAGACACGUCGAAUUACGAUCCAUCGGAGCAGUAUAAAGUGCAGUGGGAAGUGGAAGGUCAUGAGGGAAAACAGGAGGUCAUGCUCAAGCCCUUUGUACCACAAUGGCUGCGAGACGGCGUCGAGCAGAACCUACGCAGGAAAGAGAGAAAGCCCAGACCCGUUGAAGAGGAUGACGAAUAUGAAGAAGUAGACUAG